CCUUUUCCCCAAGACUCUGGAUGCAAGCAGCCGUAUAGGUGCCGGCGCUCAUGAGCCGAGAUGGCGACGCUCUCUCAGGCUGAAGUGAUGAAUCGCCUUUUCGAAGCCACUCUCGACGCCUUGGCUGACAUCGAUGCAUUCUCCGGCCCCUCGUCGCCGACCAGUUUCAUCGUGUACGCCCAUGACCCUGACAGUGGAGACGACGGACUUGGCCCCGGCUACAGCGACAUAGUGAAGACAUUCAUCGCCUGGCUGCGCAGGUUAAGAACCCGCACGCUAUCCGAUCGACACCCAUCAGCUCUUUUCGGACACGAAACGCGUCUGGGCAGCGACGAGUCGGCGUGUCGCGACAUCCUCGAGAACCAGUUUUGUCUGCUUCCUCGCCGUGCGACCACUGACAGCGAGGCGACUGGCAUCGAGCGGGUCGAUACGGUAGUCGUAUGUGGCACCCCGCGCCUGAAGAGCUACUGCGAGCAUCCCUCCGCCAAUGAGUACAUGGAUGCAAUCAAACGGGAAUAUGCAGAGAAUGCAGCAUUGCCAGCUGGCGAACUCCGACGGAAGAUUCUGGAUAAUGUCUUGAAUGCGGCAACAUCUCGGCCUGGGUUCCACCAUGUUCUCACCGAAAUCGCCUUCCUUGAGCUCCGCCGCCAACAUAACCCAGACGCACAUGGCAUCGUUUUGGUGUCACUCGAGGGAGGCAUGAUCGACUACUUCAGGUUCAUACAGUCCACCAAUCUUCAACUGGGAAUCAACCCGUUGAGCACUUCGGCAGAGCUGCAAUCUAGAUUCUUCAAGCUGCUGCGAGCUAUGUACACAACAUCCGACGGGGCCAUAACUGCCUACGAGGAAGCCUACACCGACGCCAGGCACGAGGUUGAAAAGCAAAACGGCAAUAUCCCCAGCAGAGACCUCGAUAACCUGCUCGAGAAGUCCAUCUCCCGCGCACGAAGAGACCUGGCGAACCUCGAGAACGCGGGGCUGCGCGAUCUAUCCGUGAGGAGACAGCUGGCAGAGCUAGGAAACAAGGCUUACGCUGACCUCGAGGAGCGGCGUAACAAAGUCCUCGGCGCGCUGCCGACCAUACCCUAUAGAGACCGCAAGGACAGAAAUCCGGAAAGAGUAGCGGGUACCUGCAGAUGGUUCACGAAACAUGAGAAGUUCAGAGCCUGGCAUAGCAGCGAGUCCGGCGGCAUUCUAUGGGUGACGGCGUACCCAGGUUGUGGCAAGUCGGUUCUUCUUAAGCACCUUGUUGAUACUGUCCUGGUAGCACCCAACAGCGCUGUCUGCUACUUCUUCUUCAAGGACGACUUUGAGGACCAGAAGUCAAUUAUUGGCGCACUGCGGUGCCUCCUACACCAGUUACUCCUCCAGCGACCUGAACUUCUCACCGACAACCUCAUCCAGAAGUUCAAGCGGGAUCAGCAGCUACUGUCCUCAGCAAGCAACUUGUGGGACCUUCUCCACAACGUGGCGCGUGGUGUCACGGUUGGCAACCUUGUCAUCGUUAUCGACGCUCUCGAUGAAUGUGUUUACGAUGAUCGUCAGGUGCUGAUGAGGCUUCUCGUCAAGUGGAGCGAGAGCGCCAGCACGAGCAGAGUCAAGAUCCUUAUAUCCAGCCGUCUUUAUAACGACAUCAGCCGGGGCUUCCACGGGGUUGGUUCCGAGAUACAUCUCUCCGCGGAGAAUGACUCGGAGCUCGAGCAAAUCUCGGGCGAGAUUGAUCUUGUUAUAACCCACAAACUUCGCAACACGGCGGCUUAUCUUGGCCUCGAAAAGAAACAGCAAGAUAUACUCUACCAAGAGCUGACAAAAGUCGCAAAUAAGACCUAUUUGUGGGCGUAUCUGGUGCAAGACGAGAUCGAUAAGAUGUUUGGAACAGACCCCAAAUCGUUGCGCGCAGCGGUACAGAACCUCCCGCGGGGCGUCGAUGCAGCGUACGAGAAGAUUCUCAGUCGGAGCGGGCAACGUGAAAAUGUGAUGAGGAUGCUGUCUAUUAUAAUUGCCGCAGCAGAGCCUCUGAAUCUACUACAACUAGCACAGGCGUGGGCUUUAACAUCAGAGAUUUCGAGGCGAGACGAGCUGGAAAUCAUGUCUGAAACCCAUAUGCUUCGGACGAUUCGUGGUCUCUGCGGACUCUUUGUCAUUGUCGUCGAGGGCAGGGCUUAUCUGCUGCAUCAGACGGCAAGGGAAUUUCUCCUUGCACGGCAGCAACCACUCGCACGCGGCGUCGACCAGAAUGGCUCAUGGAAGGGUUCUGUGGUUGCUGCGGAAGCUGAACUGAUCAUGGCCCGGAUCUGCCUGCGAUUCUUUCAACUCUACGAGUGGCCUGCUUGGGGUUUUAGCCGCACCUUUAGAGGGCCCCGACUCAUCGACAGCAAAUCUCAUGACACUUGUCCGUGCCGAGAGCCACUGCAGGCACACAAAAGGGACUGCUUCGCAAUAUACGCCUUCGAACAAUGGGUCGAACACGUACUUGACGGGCAACAACCAGGCGGCAAGAUACUGGCCCAGCAAGCAGCGGAGCUUUGCGCGCAAUCGCGCCACCACUUCGUGUCGACCAUGUUUUCCGAGGGUAAACAUAGAUAUUAUACACCAAGCGACGAAUCGCUGCCUUCGCCAUUGAUGGUGGCGUCUAUGCUUGGCGUCCUGCCGGCUGUUGAGCUCCUGUCGCAGCGGCCUGGAGCCGAGCUGGACCGUGUAGACUGGCUGGGAUCGACUGCGCUAGGCUGGGCUGCGUUAUGCAAGCACGCAGAUGUGGUGCGUGUGCUUGUGGAGCGAGGGGCAGAUUACACCACGAAAGACAGGUGGGACACACCAGUCUUCACACGAGUUGUUGAGUUGGGGGAUGAGGCGUUGGUGGAGCUGCUACUCGACAAGGGCGCAGAUCCCAACGUCGCGGAUGAGCGUGGUUAUCCGCCAUUAUUCUCCGCUAAAUCCACGGAGGUCGUGUCGCUACUGCUGAAGCACGGCGCCGACAUCAAAUUCACCAACAGAAAUGGCUGUACUGCACUUAACUAUGCGUGUGAGACUCGACCACACCUGGUUCGCAUCCUGCUCGAGGCCGGCGCAGACCCGUCCGUGACCGACGAAAAGGGGUGGACGCCCCUCAUACGGUGCUGCGGCAGGCCAUUAUACAAAAUGGAGGAACAGGACUUUGAGCGUGAGUGGCUUGGAACCAUCGAGCUCCUGCUGGGUGAUUGCCGCGUGGACGUCAAUGCGCACGAUCAUAGUGGGGACACGGCUCUCUACCUUGCAUGCCAAGCAGGUCGCGCGCUUACGGUGGAAAUACUCCUCAAGCAUGGAGCCCAAACACAUGGCAGAGAUCUAUAUGCGGCGAUUUAUGCGGCGAUCCAUACGACGGGCCCCGCAAGGAAUGCGGCGGCAAUCGUAAGAAUGCUCCUACAUGCCGGAGUCGACAUCACCUCUGACUAUUUCCAUGGAAAACCCGCACUUCAUUACGCGGCGAAGUUGGGCCAUCAGGACAUCGUGAGACUUCUCCUUGAUCAUGGAGCCGAUAUCGAUCAAGCCGACCUAGACGGGAGAACGCCACUCAUGGUAGCAGUUUUAAAGUCCCGGAUGGAGGCGGUUCAGAUGUUGCUUUCGCGGCGAGCUGACACAGGAAGGUUAGAUACAAAGGGCAACUCCGUGGUUUGUCUUGCUAUCCAAGGACGGAAGGUGGAUAUUGUAGAGAUGCUCCUUGAUAGUGUCAAAGACGUGGAUGCGGUUUGUGGGCAAGGGCUCACUCCACUCGUCGAAGCGGCCCUGCUGCAACGCGCUGACAUGAUACAAAGCCUUGUGCGGCGAGGAGCCACCAUCAACCACACUACAGAAGGCGGCAUCACCCCGCUGAUAGCAGCCGUCAUGGCAGGGUGGCCAGAAGGCGUUGAGCUCCUCCUCAGGAGCGGCGCCGACAGCAACUAUGUCGGUAGAGGUGGCCGGACCGCGCUCGCAACCGCCGCCAAUCACAGAGAGUUGGAAUCGUUGUGGACAUUCUUAGCAGGAGUAAGUCAUGGCAAGAUUAGCGAACUCCCAGCACCCUCAUCGUUCGCAGAGCGUAGGAAGGCCGACAUUAUUCGUAUCCUCCUUGAGAAUGGGGCGGACCCAGAGGGAUGAGUUCAAGAAAACAAGUCUGUGCUUGAGUUGGCUUCCAAGUGCGGACAUGUCGACUUUGUCAAGUUACUGUUACUGUUGCCGAUGUGCACCGACUCCUCACAGCUCCAAUCUGCUUUGAACGAAAUCACGAAGAAAAGACAAAAGACCGUCAAGGAAGAACUAGAGCAGCGACUACACGAGCUCCAUCAGUCGGUACUGCAUUAAGAACACGCUUCGAAUCGUGUAUUCACAUCCAGUCGGCGGGGUAAUAUCAUGUGCCACGGUUGUCGCAACACAUCAGAAGUGAAACAUGAUACUUGCGUUGGUCUUUUAUUCCGAUUUUCUGUAUAUUUUCCAGAGCGACCCGAGGUAAUCACGCCGUGAGGUAGUGUCCAGCGAGCAUCUUUGGUUAGAUUGUCCGGAAGAGUUACAGGUUAGUCCCGAAUCAGAUAAUUCGGUUUGAUUGUGAGAACUGAGAAAAAGCCAAUUUUGAAAGACAAAUGUUCC